GCAGCGAACAGCUGUUCGAUAAAAACAAUUUUCUUCGUUUUGUUUAUUUUACAAGUUUUGUGUUUAUUUUAAUAAUACUAUCACGAUGACGCUCGACUUGGAUGCCAAUAAGAGGGACGACAAAUUGCUGAUAACCACCAUCCAGCAGGAGUAUAAAAUACUUGCUGAGUACAAAAUGAUUGAAUCGGAAAAGUUGAGUGGUAUUUACGUGAUACCCAGCUAUGCGAAUUCCUUGCACUGGUUCGGUGUCUUCUUUGGACGCCAAGGCUUCUACGCGGAGAGUGUCUUUCGCUUCUCAAUUCUAUUGCCUGAUCGCUUUCCCGACGACAAGAGUCUUCCAACCGUGAUAUUCCAGCAGGAUGUACUGCAUCCCCAUGUCUGCCCCUACACCCACAGUUUAGACAUCAGUCAUGCCUUUCAGGAGUGGCGUUGCGGUGAGGACCAUCUGUGGCAGCUGCUCAAAUACAUGCAGGCCAUAUUCUCAGACCCGGUCGACAGUAUCCGAGGUAUUGAAGCGGACAAAUUGAAAAACAACGAGGCUGCUGAUCUUUUGAUGACAAAUAGGGAGGAGUUCGCCGUCCGUGUGCUGGAGAACAUAAAAGAGAGCAAGGCACGCGUUUACGACGCACCGCCCACUGAGGAUCCCCACUAUAUAGUAUUCGAAAAGUUCCAGACCGAUGUACACGGACCGGUAUUGGAGCGCAUCAAAGCAGGCAAGAGCAAGCAGCUGGAGACCGCGUCGCAGCAGGCGAACGGAGGACUCGCCACUGGGCUCUCGUGGGUAAAGGAGGGCGAGUUCAAGCCUCUCAGCAUUGAGUAAAAGCAAUAUAUAGCUAUAGGAAUUCGAAAUGUAAUGUCUCAAUAUUAAACCGAUUAUUUACA